AUGGCCGCUGAUCUCCUCGCAGCUCUUGCCCUCGCCCUCACCCUCUUGACCCUGAGUGCCGCCGCCGCUGUCGCCGCAGCACAUGACACUCUACCACGGAAAUCCUCGCUGUUCGUCGAGGAGUACGAGACCCAAAUCCUGCGGUCAUCACUGGACGGCACCUUCUCCUGCGGCUUCUACGAAAUCUACGACGGCGCCUUCACCUUCUCCAUAUGGUACAUCAAUUCAGCCGACGACAAGGCGACCACCGUCUGGAGCGCCAACCGUGGCAGCCCGGUGCACUCCUGGGGCGCGGCCGUCACCCUGCGCAAGGACGGGAGCAUGGUCCUCACGGACUACGACGGCACGGUGGUGUGGCAGACCCAAGGCAGUUUCCCAGAUGUUCAGUAUGCUCAGCUGCUGGACACCGGCAACCUUGUCCUCAAGAACUCCAGCGGCGACAUUGUGUGGCAGAGCUUCGACUCGCCGACCGACACCUUCCUCCCCACGCAGCGCAUCGCUGAGACAUCCAAGUUAGUCUCUACCACCCAACUCCAGGUUCCUGGUCACUACACCUUCCGUUUCAGCGACCAGUCCAUGUUGUCGCUCAUCUACGAUGACACCAACGUCACCAGCGUGUACUGGCCAGAUCCUGACUUCCAGUACUACGAGAACAGUAGGAACUUGGACAACAGCACUAGAAUAGCGAGCCUUGGUGAUUCUGGGGAGAUUUUCUCGAGCGACUUUGCGAAUAGCCAUGUACUCGCUGCCUCUGAUAGAGGCACUGGGAUUCUGAGAAGGCUUAAACUGGAUCACGAUGGGAAUCUUAGGCUGUACAGCCUGAAUAACUCGGACAGGACAUGGUCGGUUUCAUGGAUUGCUGAGUCCCAGCCAUGCAAAACUCAUGGUUUCUGUGGUCCGUACGGGAUAUGCCACUACUCGCCUGUACCGGUGUGUUCUUGCCCGCCUGGCUAUCAGAUGAAGAACCCAGGUAACUGGACACAAGGUUGCCUGCCUGUUGUAGACAUAUCCUGCGAUGGGGAGCAAAAUGUGACCUUUCUGGAACUACGAAACACUGAUUAUUGGGGAUCUGAUCAACAACGCAUUGAAAAGGUGCCAUGGGAAACCUGCUGGAAUGUGUGCUUAAGCGACUGCUCCUGCAAGGGGUUUCAGUACCAAGAGGGAAAUGGUACAUGCUAUCCAAAGUCUCUCCUCUUCAAUGGAAGGUCUUUCCCAACGCCCACUGUGCGCACGAUGUACAUCAAACUCCCAUCAAGUUUGGACACAUCAAAGCUCCCCAUUCCACAGUCCAACGUCCUUGAUUCUGUACCACAUCAGCUUAGAUGUGAUCCUGUAAUAAGCACAACAAUCAUGGAAAAAAAUCUCAGUUACUUUCAUAGGCCUAAUCAGGAGGGACCAAAAUGGAUCUACUACUACGGGUUUAUCGGUGCCUUCUUCGUUAUUGAGGUUUUCUUCUUUGCAUUUGCAUGGUUCUUUGUUUUGAGGAGGGAGUUGACGUCAUCACAAGUAUGGGCAGCUGAGGAAGGCUACAAGAUGAUGACGAAUCAUUUCCGAAUGUAUAGUUACAGGGAGCUGGUUAAGGCAACUGAAAAGUUUGCACAUGAGCUUGGAUGGGGAGGCACAGGGGUUGCCUACAAGGGUAUUCUGGACGACGAUCGAGUGGUUGUCGUAAAAAAGCUGGGAAAUAUAAGGCACAGCAGAGAAGAAUUCCAUGAUGAGUUGCAUGUCAUUGCAAGGAUCAACCAUAUGAACCUAGUAAGAAUAUAUGGAUUUUGCUCAGAAAGAUCCCAUAGGAUGUUGGUCCUCGAGUAUGCUGAGAAAGGAUCCUUGGCUGACGUGUUAUUCAAAAGCAAAACCUCUUUAGAUUGGAAGCAGAGAUUCAACAUUGCCUUAGGUGUAGCAAAGGGUCUGGCCUAUCUUCACCAUGAGUGCCUAGAGUGGAUCAUUCACUGCAACCUGAAGCCUGAAAACAUUUUACUGGAUCAGGACCUGGAACCUAAGAUCACCGACUUCGGGUUGGCAAAGCUGCUAAGUAGAUCUGGGCCUACUCAAAAUGUAACACGAGCACGAGGAACUGUAGGUUACAUUGCUCCAGAGUGGAUAUCUGGCUUACCUAUUACAGCAAAGGCUGAUGUGUACAGUUAUGGAGUGGUGCUUCUUGAAUUAGUGUCAGGAACACGGGUUUUCGACUUGGUCAAAGGUGAGGAUGAGAGGGUGCAUGUGAUGCUGAAGAAGUUCAUCAAGAUGCUUUCUUACAAAUUGGACAAGGAUGAACCUUUCUGGAUAGCAGAGUUUGUAGAUUUCAGAUUGGGUGGUGAAUUCGACUACUCACAAGUGAAGGGACUGAUCAAGUUGGCUAUCUCAUGCUUGGAGGAAGAGAGGAAAAAGCGACCGACCAUGGAAUCAGUAGUCGAGAGCCUCCUUUCAGUUAAUUUAGCUGGAAUUCAAUAA